GUAACACCCCAUCAAAUUUGCUAAUUCACGUAGCUUCUGCCGCAAGAACUAAUAUUGCUUAGUUAUUUGCAGGAAAAAUAUUUAAAUAAGUGUUCAUAUUAAAUUUAAUUAUAUAUAAAAGUAAUGACUACUGGAACCAUGCCUGCUGAUGGUGUGCGUGAAAAGGCGCUGUCGGAAUACAGAAAAAAGCUUCUGGAGCAUAAAGAAGUGGAGUCUCGUCUUAAAGAAAAACGCGAAGAAAUAAAAGAACUGACCAAACAAUAUGAUAAAUCGGAAAAUGAUUUAAAGGCACUGCAAAGUGUUGGUCAAAUAGUUGGCGAAGUAUUGAAGCAGCUGACAGAGGACAAAUUUAUUGUCAAAGCUACUAACGGACCACGUUACGUUGUGGGCUGUCGACGACAAAUCGACAAAACAAAACUCAAAUCUGGUACUAGAGUUGCCCUUGAUAUGACGACAUUAACAAUUAUGCGUUAUUUGCCACGAGAAGUUGAUCCACUCGUAUAUAACAUGUCGCAUGAAGAUCCCGGUGAAGUAACAUAUUCAGCGAUUGGUGGUCUCUCCGAACAAAUACGUGAAUUACGUGAAGUUAUUGAAUUACCACUUCUAAAUCCUGAACUAUUUUUGCGAGUUGGUAUUACUCCACCAAAAGGUUGCUUGCUCUAUGGACCACCUGGCACAGGCAAAACACUACUGGCUCGUGCUGUUGCUUCACAACUUGACGCUAAUUUUCUUAAAGUUGUAUCAUCUGCCAUUGUGGAUAAAUAUAUCGGUGAAAGUGCUCGUCUUAUACGCGAAAUGUUUAAUUAUGCGCGUGACCAUCAACCGUGUAUAAUCUUUAUGGAUGAAAUUGAUGCUAUUGGUGGUCGCCGUUUUUCUGAGGGUACAUCUGCCGAUCGUGAAAUCCAACGUACGCUUAUGGAAUUACUUAACCAGAUGGAUGGUUUCGAUUCGUUGGGUCAAGUCAAAAUGAUUAUGGCAACCAAUCGUCCUGAUACACUGGAUCCAGCAUUACUGCGCCCUGGGCGCUUAGAUCGUAAAAUAGAAAUUCCAUUACCUAACGAACAGGCACGUAUGGAAAUCCUUAAAAUUCACGCCUUUAAAAUAGCCAAACACGGAGACAUUGAUUACGAAGCCAUUGUUAAACUGUCUGAUAAUUUUAAUGGUGCUGAUUUGCGUAAUGUUUGCACUGAAGCUGGAUUGUUUGCCAUAAGAGCUGAACGAGAAUACGUCAUACAGGAGGAUUUCAUGAAGGCCGUCCGCAAAGUCUCUGACAACAAGAAAUUAGAGAGUAAAUUGGACUACAAGCCUGUUUAAAUGUAAAUAAAACCAUUAUAAAAAUCGAAAUCCCUAACAAAAUUUAUUUAAUAAAAAACAAUUUACAUAA